GACCUCUGUCCUCCAGGCCACUUCUGUCCCCAGGGCAGCCCCAGGCCUACUCCAUGCCCCCCAGGCUCUCUCCUGCCCAUCCCUGGGGCCACGUCACCAGGCAACUGCCAGCCCUGCCCAGGCGGCUGGUUCUGCUCCCGGGCUGGCCUGAGCUCCCCAGAGGCUGCGUGUGAAGGAGGCUGGUUCUGCCCCAGAGCCUCUAUCUCGGGGCGCAGUCCAGGCAAUCUCUGCCCCAUGGCACACUCCUGCCCCCUAGGGAGCCUGGAGCCCCUUCUCUGUCCCCCGGGACAGUAUCAGGAUGAACCUGGACAGACUCUGUGCAAGAUGUGCCCAGCUGGAAAGUUCUGUGCUUUCGGGACCCAGGGGCCAGAAUCCAGGUCCAUUUGGCCAGUGGACUGUCCUGCUGGCUACUACUGCCCUUCGGGUACCCAGACUGCCACCCAGCACCCAUGUCCCGGAGGCACCUUCCAAGGGAGGCCUGGAGCACGCAGCACUGAGGACUGCAAACCCUGUCCCGCAGGACACUUCUGCUCAGAUUCAGGGGCCGGGAAGCGCUUCCCAGACGGGCCAUGCUCAGCAGGUUAUUAUUGUCCCCCUGGCCAGACCUCAGCCACCCCCACAUCUUUCCGGUGCCCCCAAGGCUUCUACUGUCCUGAGGGAUCAUCCCAGCCAAGGGCCUGUGAGAACGGAACAUUCCAGCCCCAGGAGGCCAAGGGGUCCUGUGAGCCCUGCCCCCCUGGAUUCUACUGUGAAGCCUCAGGCACAGGUGGGCUCCCUGGGGCUGAGACAAGGCCCCCGCGGGAUGCUGGGCCCCAGAGCCAGGUGCCAGGAACGGGGGCACCUAGCUCUCCAUGA